CAAAUACCAACAUUAUUGCAAUUUAAUUAGUUCUCAAAUAGCGAACCCAGUUGAAACCAUGAAACAAAGCAAGCUUGUUAAAGUGACCGCCUUAUUUCUAGGUCUCAGUUUCUUUCUUGGGGAGGGACUGAAUUAUUCACAACUCGGGCCUUUUUUCCCAACAGAAGCUUCCGAGCACAAAGGCGUGUCCACAACUCUAAUCGGCGUCAUCACCGGUGCGUUUGACGUGGCAAACUUCUUGGCCGCAUUCACUCUCGCCUCCUUCAUUUCACCGGAGACUCAGAAGUUCUUCUUCUGCACGGGUGCUUUGAUCUCUGCAUCGUGCAAUGGACUGUUCGGAGUCAUGGGCUACAGCGUGGGUGGGGUGCCGUUCAUAGUUGUGUGCACCCUAGUGCGUGCCCUGAUGGGGGUGGGGGCUUCGAUGGUGUGGUCUACUGGAGUACCUCUUCUGGUCCCCAUCUACCCUCAGUGGUCGGGCAGAAUCACCAGUCUGAUCGAGACCUCAAUCGGACUGGGACUGAUGAUCGGGCCUACAAUAGGCAGCGCCCUCUACUCCCUCGGGGGCUACUCCACCCCAUUUCUAGUCGCGGCCGCAACCCAAAUCCUAUUUGCAGUCAUGUGCAUAUUCUUCUUACCAAAUAAAGCAACUGAACACGAUAAUAAACAAACGGUGAAAACUACGUCUGGGCAUCCAGAGGGGAGUGAGGUCAUGUUGGAUUUCGAGUUGCCCGGCUACACCUUUCUUUACUUCGCCACCCGGCCGAGCUUAAUCGGAGUUUCUCUUCCAGUGCUCGGUCACUCCGCUUCAAUGGGUUUCAUCGACGUAGCCAUCGGUCCCUACUUAAAAGACACUUUUGGAGUCGGCGGUGACAUUGCCGGCUAUUAUUUCUUGGCCUAUUCUGGCUUUUAUGCCCUUUCUGCUCCUUUAUUAGGUCUGUUAAUUGACCGUGGACAUGCGGGCAGGAUUCUUUUGAUAUCUUGCUUUUGCGGUGCUCUUUCGUACGCACUGCUAUGGCUACCUGACAUAGUUCCCUCUCUCGAGUCUAAAUACUGGCUGAUCGCCUGUCUAAUGUUUGUGGGAAUCGCAAAUGCCGGCGGCUUCACAUCCAUUUAUCUCAUAUUUGAAAAACUGGCCUACGCUGUCGGAUUUAGAGUUGAGAAUAACGUGAAGCUCAUGACCGCAGCCCUACUUAAUGCAUGUUUUGCAAGUGGUAGAAUGUUGGGCCCGAUUGUGGUGGGCGGGGUGUUCAUGGACCACUUCGGGUACUACUACAGUUGUCUGUUAAUGGGCUGUCUCUUUCUGGGUUCCAGUGUUUCCACCUGCUAUGUUCUGUUCACCCGCCGGCUGCUCAAAAGAGUGUUCUACCCACAACAGGCAGACUGCGAGAGGGACGUCAUUGUGAAAUACGAGAGUGUUGUCGAGACACUGCACGUGAGCAGUGGCGGGGGAGUGUCGGGGGGCACAGUCACGAGCACGAAAUCACGAGUGGCACCCUCGGAUUAUCUGAUCCAAUCAGCCCGCUACAAUCCCAUAGCCCUGUCUUUAAAAUUGUCGGGCAGAACAGACUAUUCCACAAAAAGAACAUGAA